ACAUCCGGGUCUCUCAGGUUCCUGUUUGGCGACCCGUCGCCAUUAGUGCAAGCGCUUUGAACGGAUUGAUCUUUUGGUGAAAAACCAUUAAAUUGGCACGUUUACCUGCUUUAGGGUAACGUUUGCCGCCUUGUUAAAGGCAUCUAGAUUCCUUAAACGAGUUCAGACCUUAAUUUCGGGGGGUCUUGGCCCCGCGUGGCGAGUUUUCGUCCUUUCUUCCAUCAGCCUCGAUAACUUGAGACAUCGAAAUCGUGUCUCUUCUUUUUCUCGGUUUUGUUUUGUUGUCAAGAUGUCGCCGUGAUGGGGUCUCCGUGUUUGACAGAAAUGAACCAGGGCCUUCGUCGCCUUACCCGCACUCACUGCAACCCGCUUUCCUCUUCAGUUUUUCAGUUUAAUGCUAGAGAGCUCGACAGCUCUCUGCCUGGAGCUCGGCCUCAGUACUGCUCACUGCACGGAGACAAACAUGGAGAAAAACCCCAACAGCAACCCAAGCACCAAGGUUCCUCCCCGCUCAAGCUCUACAGGGCCCACACCGGGCGAAUCUAAACCUAAAACAGAGAGUAAAAACAAUGGAGGCUCCAAGCGCUACAACCGCAAACGUGAGCCAACCUUACCUAAAACAGACAGUUUCCCAGGCACUCGCCGCACCAAUUCACAGAAAAGCAAGAAUUUUGACAAGAGACCCCCCCAGAGAGGUGGAGGACGACAGUACGGCGUUGCAGGUGGAGGACGACGCGAGGAGGUAGCAGAGACUCGCCGGGCCGAGUUUAGCCCGGCUCAGUUUGCUGGACCGAAGAAAAUAAGCUUGAACCACCUUCUGAACUUCACCUUUGAACCACGUGGAGGUAAUGGUGGCAUUGGUGACGGAGGCCAUGCCUGUUGGGGCCGUCGCAAUAAGUGGGGCCAUAAGCACAAGCCCUUCAACAAGGAGCUGUUUCUGCAGGCCAACUGCCAGUUUGUGGUGACUGAUGACCAGGACUACAAGGCUCACUUCACUGACCCAGACACUCUGGUGAACUGGGACUGUGUGCAACAAGUGUGCAUCAACAGUCAUGAGGUGCCAUCUUGUCCUAUCUGCCUCUACCCUCCUGUGGCAGCCCGUAUCACCAGGUGUGGACACAUCUUUUGCUGGCCAUGCAUGCUGCACUUCCUGUCUCUGAGUGAGAAGAGCUGGUCCAAGUGCCCGAUCUGCUACGAGGCUGUUCAAACCGCUGACCUGAAGAGUGUGGUUGCUAUGGAGACCAGGCAGUAUGUGGUUGGUGAUGAAAUCACCAUGCGACUGAUGCGGAGGGAAAAGGGGGCUCUGGUGGCCAUGCCAAGCUCUCAGUGGGUGAAGGUGGAGGAGCCUGUACGCUUCGGAGAUGCGAGUCUCAGCCCGUACUCCAAGCUGCUGCUGGCCUCCCCGGCACAGGUCCUUAGCCUGUUGGCAGAGGAGAGAGCAAUCCUGGAAGUGAAACUCAGCUUGGAGGAGGACAGCCAAGGAUGUUUCAUCCAGAGUGCUCUUUGUCUUUUACAAGAGCGAGAAGAACUGCUGCUUAAGAAGCAAAAGGCAAAUGCAGCAGAUGUCCUGGACUUCUCCUGCCUGACCCUGGAAGAACCCUCUUCUCCUAUGGAGGAAGUGGUUACACACACCAGCAGCACCAAGCCUGUACUGCAGUAUGCCUCUGCAUUUGAUGAUGAAGUGGAGGAGGUUGCAGAGGUUGAGGAGGUUGAAGAGGUUGAGGAGGGCGCAGAGGUUGAGGAGGGCGCAGAGGCCCUUGAGGCUGCGACUGCAGAGCUGCCAGACCCCCCUGAAGAUGUUUUGGAGUGUGUCUUGGAGGAGCCUCUAGAGGCUGUGAUGGAUGAAGCUCCAGAGCCUGAGCCUGAUGAUGAGAGUCCUGCUCACGAUGCAGAGGCCCGCCCCUCAACCAGUGCAGUGCAUGGACCUUAUUACUACUUCUACCAAGCUGACGACUGCCAGCAGAUGUUCCUGCAUCCUGUGAAUGUACGCUGUCUGUUACGUGAAUACGGCAGCUUGGAGGCCAGUCCUGACUCCAUCACUGCCAAAGUAGUGGAGAUAGUGGGACACACGGUCACUGAGGAGAUCCGUCGCCGACAUCGCUACCUAGCUCACCUGCCGCUCACAUGCGAGUUCAGCAUCUGUGAGUUAGCUCUACAGCCCCCAAUCCUGUCCAAAGAAACUCUGGACACCUUUGCAGAUGAUUUGGAGAAGAGAAAACGCCUGAGGCAGAAAAAAGUGAGGGAUGAGAAGCGCAGAGAGAAGCGGAUUGAAAUUGAGGAGAACAAGAAGCAGGGUAAAUAUCCUGAAGUGCAUAUCGGAUUAGAGAACCUUCACCAUUUCCCGGCAUUUGGUUCUCCGCCUCACUACAGCAGCCCUCCUGUUCAGCCUGAUUUCACCUUCAACCCCCCUUCACCCCUCAGCAGCAGCCCCUCCUCAGAUGGAAUGAGAUUCCCGAGUCUGAACGGGCAAAGCUCUUCACCUAUUGUGGGUAGUGUGGAGGAUGACUCCCACUGUAUGUCCUUUGCACAGAUGUUGAGAGACGGGAAAGCUAGAGGUGAUGCUGGGCCCAGGAUCACUCCAAAGAAAGAUAAGCUGCUAGCGCCCCCUACAGCAGACAGCGAUGGAGAGAGCGACGGGUCAGACCGCGUUCCUGUGCCCAGCUUCCAAAACUCCUUCAGUCAGGCCAUCGAGAAAGCACUUCUCCAGCUAGACAGUGGUCCAGCAUCUGCUCCACAACAUGUGGUUGAGCCAGAUGAGAAAGGAGGAAAGAAGAAAAAGAAGAAGCAGAAACUUCUUUUCAGCACAUCCAUGGUUCACACAAAGUAGACAACACUGAAGUUCAUUUAAUCAACCUUUUCUUUAAUUGAUCUUCCCACUCCCCUUGUUUUUAACUCCAUCCAGAUGGUUUUUCAGAACUAAGCGGUGGAAAUAUGCUUCAGAGAGUAGCCAGAGUUCAUGCAACUUGUAAUUGUUGCUCUAAGGGCGUGAUCCUCCUUUUGGUCGACACACCAUCAGUUUAAUUUGCAUUUAUUUACAGCUAGGUCAAAGCUUUGCCACAAACUCUUGUCGCACUGAAAGCUUCAUGGGGAACAUUUUGUACAGACGCUAGGCAAAGUCAGGAAUACUGCGACAACAGGCUCUUGUGUGCGCUUAAGGCUUUUAUGACUUCCAGAUACUUGACUUCCAUCAAAGGGUUGCUGUGGUACUUCCACCUUUCCUGAAUUUAACCCUGAGAGUUGCAUCUUAGGAUCCUUGAGUAAUGUGGAAAAGAUAAUUCUAGGGUGCUUUAUAUUAGAAUAGCAGUCAGCCAGCUGCAGAUAUGAGCACCAUCAACUCUUUCCAGGAUACCCAGUAGUGCUCUGAAACAUUCAGUCUGGAACGUCACCGUAGAACAAAACUGAUCGAUAUUUAGAUUUCUUGUAGUGUGUUUCACAGGUCAGUGCCAGCCUUUUAAAGAGAGUACAUUUGGGGAAUUGCUGCUUUGACAUAACUGCCCUAGAAUUUUGUACCAACACAGAAAACAAAAUGUUCUAAUACCAUAGUGAGGGAGUGAAAACACAGUAUUAAGAGAUUAGGUCUGUUGGUUCAACAGAGAUCCAGUAUACUCUGCCAGGUUUAACUUUAAACACGCACUUUCUUCUCAUUCAUUCUCUCCUCUGUGUCACCUUCUGUUGUAGAAUAUUUACCAACAUGUAAUAUUACAUCCCCAGUUUAAUUUCAGUGUUGGAAAAGUGUGAAGCUGUACAGAACUGCUGACAUUAAAAGAAUGCUGGUGAAACCAAUGGAGAAAGGUGGAUAAAUAAUGAUUUUUUUGGGGGGUUCUUUAAUUCACCUUUAAUUUUGAGCAAGUUUAGACUAGUGGGUAUAACUAGUCUGUUGAAAUGAAUAAACGAAUAUGCACAAUCA